CUGAAAUGCAAGGUACAAGGACAAGGGGAUGCAGAGCGCAGGGUGCAGCGUGGUUCCCCUGGUGGUGGUGGACUUGGAGGCCCGCAACGCCUCUGUCAGUAAUUCUGGCGUCACAGGAGCGAGAGAGACGCACAUGGAGGUGGGGAGCAUGCGGGAUCUAGGCUUCGUGAUCGUGGCCCUCCAGGUCUCCAUCGAAAACACAUCGCGCAAUCCAGCAAAUUGGCGGCCGCGCGCAGCACUGCGGCAAGCUGUUGCUAAUCAAUCUGGCAGGAGUCAAGCCCGCGCUCGAGGUUGUGAACACCAGCAAGAGCCUGUCGCGCCAGCAGAUGCAGCCAUGGGCGUGUGCCGUAACGCACUGACAAGCUCACCAUUAGCAGCACAAGCCUGUCGGCGUGGCUCGAGUCAUCUACACGAAACCGACCGAUGUGGUCCCCUGGGAGACGAGCACAACCGGGGGCCGGGUCGAGGGAAGCCUGGGAAAGGCGACAGGUCAGGACAUGACCUUGAGCAUCAACAUGGAUCCACAAUCAGAGCAUGUUCUCUCGCGUUGCGGAAAAGCAAGGCAGUCGAGGCGAGGUCAUCUUCCAAGGACGUGAAGAGUGUAAGCACUUACGCAGCUUAUGGUUAGGACUCCGCUAGCUGUAGGCCCCUAUUUGUCAAUUUGCUCGCUUAAAAUAGAGUUAUCAGAAGCAUGUGAGAGUAUUGUAGGCGCACCCAAUGAGAUAGAACAUUAUGCUAGUGUAGGACCGCACUUUAAAAAUACCACCAACUCCGUUCAAAUCUGUUUUAAGGUUCUUAGCACUCUUUAUUUGCGCGUUUGAAGUACGUUCCAAUUUUAAAAACCAGACAUUACAGCCAAGAUCGCCCUUAAUUUCAGCAUGUGCGUUUAGAGUGACGGCGCUCUCAAACCGCUUCUAUAUGAAUAGCGCCGCCGGUAUGAAAGCAGGUAACGUUCAAGACCGGCACCGCUCUUAACUCGCGUCCAGAUUCAUAGUUCAAGACCGGUACCGCCCUUAAGUUAAACCGACCGGCAAAGCUUGUGGCUUGUGAUAAGGACUCAGGGCCGG